AUGCGAGUGCCACGCAAUCGCCAGCAGGCUCUUCUUUGGAGCCAACAAAAGCGAUUGAAGCCGCAGAAGAAGAAUUUCCACAUAUCGCUGGGCACUUGGCGGAGCAUCUUGUCCAGAAAUACGGAUGAAUUCUGUCGCAAUACAACCAUUCAUGGAUUGAAGUACAUCAACAACAGCAAGUUGCGGAAAAGUGAUAGGUUAUUUUUCGGCAUAGCCUUGCUGGCGGUGCUCUCCUUCGCCAUUUAUCUAAUACAGGACGCCUUCGAUAAAUGGAACACCAAUCCGGUUAUAGUGGGCAUCGAUCCGGAGCUAACUUCCAUUGCCAACGAGCCCUUUCCGGCGGUCACCAUCUGCAAUUUGAAUCAGGCUCUGGCCGAAAGAGUUAAGAACUUGGCCAACGACUCCACGGAGUUUGCAAUGCUGCAGUUGCUCUGCCGACGGAAGGUGGAUGUCGAACUGGUCAAGGGGAAUAAUUCCAACUGGGAGGAGUUUAUACUAAAUAUCUCGCAACCAUGCAAAUCAAUGGUGAUUAACUGCCGUUUUGGCGCCGAUGAUUUCGAAUGUGCUCGUUUAUUCCACCCCAUUGUGACCGACGAAGGUCUGUGCUGCGUUUUCAAUAUGCUGCAUCCCAGGUUUAUGUACCGGAAAAGCGUUCCCUUCUCGCACCGCAACAUCACCCUUCCCGCGGGUUUCCAUGCGGUCAACUGGCACGCGGAGUUGGGCUACCGCAAGCGGGGCUCCCAGGUGGACGGGGACAAUCCGCUGUACCCGCGGCGAGCCCAGGGAACUGGUGAGUCGCUGGGCCUGUCGCUGACCCUGGACGUCCAGGCGGACGCCUACUACUGCUCCUCGUCCAGCAGCGUUGGCUUCAAGAUCGCCCUGCACAGUCCGAACGAAUCGCCGAAUGUGCGGGAGACCGGAGUUCUGUUGGCACCCGGAAUGGAGACCAAGCUGCGCAUUGAUCCGGCCAAAAUCCUGACCGAGAAGCACCUGCGCAACGUGGACCGCCUGAGCAGGCGGUGUUUGUUCCGCAACGAGCUGAAGCUCCGCUGGUUCGCCCACUACACGCAGAGGAACUGCGUGGCCGAGUGCCUCUCCGGCUGGCUGCUGCGCCACUGCGGCUGCGUGACCUUCUAUAUGCCCCGCCUGAACUGGAACGACACCAUCUGUCCGCUGCGCCAGCGGGAGUGCGUGGAGCUGAUCCGAUUCCGGACCAUUGUGGCGAUGGAGUCCUGCCUGGAGGAGUGCCUGCCCUCGUGCUUCGACCUCACCUUCAGUGCGAUCGCCUACUCCACGCGCAUCUCGCACGACGGCUUCCGGGAGACGCCCGCGAACGGCGGCUGGAACUUCUCCGAUUCGUAUGUGGAGCGCAGCGUGGCGGUGGUGAAUAUGUACUUCAAGGAUCCCACAUUCAGGGCCAGCAAGCAGACCGAGUUCAUUGGCUUCUCCGAUUUUCUGUCUUGCGUGGGCGGCCUAAUGGGUUUGUUCCUGGGCUUCAGCUUUCUCUCCAUCGCCGAGUGCGUGUACUUUGCCCUCAUACGUCCCUGCCGCACUUGCUCGGAGAUCCGACAACUUAACCAGCCGCGGGAGCAGCCUAAGAAGCCGCCUGCCCCAGCCAAUAUCAGAUACAUUUCACCGGCCAAUUGGUUUCAGGCCGAACUGGCCCGUCAGCACUUUAAUCCUGCUUAA